ACAGCAAACUUCACUUGCUCGUCGUUUUCCUCGGUUAGCAAAAGAGGACUUCAUUAUGUGGAGCUUUUGGGGAGUUUUAUUUCUAGUUUCUUACGCCUUCGCAGCUCCAUUUAAUGGAACAGAAGUACCUUUUGUUGAGCCGGAAGUGCUGGAGCAGUUAUUAAAAAAUGGAGAAUUUGAAGAAUUCAGUAAACUUAUGGGCAUCGAAAAUGUAAACCUGGUCAUUCCAAGAGAAGGAAACGAGGACCCCAUGUACCACAAAGAGCUUCCAUUGGGAGACGUUUUAGUCCGCAAAAAUCAGCUAGAAGAAGGCAGGGUUGUCAUUAACUUCGAUAAAUAUCCAGGUAGCAAAUGGCCCAAUGGUGUUGUGCCGUAUCGUAUAGCAUCUGAUGGUUAUAGUAAGUAUCACAUAAUUGUAUAUUUUACUUAG